AUGAUCAUUAACCAGCGCACGUUGAACACAAAACAACAAACAACGUGCUGCGUGCGGGCGAACAAAUUUGAAGAAUUCAAAAUUCAAAUUAUUGUUGCAUAAAAGCAACCUUAGUUCAAAAUCAGUAUAGAAAAUGAAGCGACUAGCGGAGGAAAAAACGAAAAUCCUUUUCGAGAAACUAUCCAAAUAUAUCGGACCGAACGUGAAGCUGCUGAUUGAUCGACCGGAUGGAACCUACUGCUUCAGAGAGAUGAACUCCCGCGUUUAUUAUGUAUCGGAGAAGAUCCUCAAGCUUGCCGAAGGCCUUAAGAAAAACGAGCUCGUAUCCCUUGGCACAUGUUUUGGCAAAUUUACGAAAGGAAACAAAUUCAUCCUCCACAUCACGGCGUUGACCUUCCUGGCGCCGUACGCUCAGUACAAAAUUUGGGUGAAGCCAUCGACGGAGCAGCAGUUCCUGUACGGCAACCACAUUACCAAAACCGGCUUGGGUAGGAUUACCGAGAACACCCCCAUGUACCAGGGCGUAAUUGUGAUGUCCAUGAACGACACUCCGCUGGGAUUCGGCGUGGCAGCUAAAUCGACCGCCGAUUGCAAGCUGGCCGAUCCAUUGGUGACCGUGUGCUUCCAUCAGGCUGACAUUGGCGAGUAUAUAAGAUCCGAAGAUACACUCAUUUAGAUGCGUUCAAUAAAAUAAGGUUAUUUUGUACGUUUAUUAAAAUUAA